CCGCUGUGUGGCGCACGGGGGCGCGCUGCGCGCUGCAGAUGUGUCGCAGAUUUAAAAAGUCACUGUACUCAUCUAGUACAAGGAAAUGGAGCAGUGCAAAGCAUAAAAUACUCAAUUGUAAACAAGGCAGCGGAAGAGAAGGAACGUGUGCAGCCAUUCUAACUGUGCAUGGGAUUUGCAUUUCAGUAAUUUUAACGACAAGAAGGAAAAACACAGAGACACCGAAAGCUACUUCAUUAUUUUUUUAGAGGAAUAACUUAACCAAUGGAACUGUCGGCAAUCGGUGAGCAAGUGUUCGCUGUGGAAUCAAUUAUAAAGAAAAGAGUUAGAAAGGGUCAUGUAGAGUAUUUAUUGAAGUGGAAGGGCUGGCCUCCAAAGUACAGCACAUGGGAGCCUGAGGAGCACAUCUUAGACCCUCGACUGGUUUUAGCGUAUGAGGAAAAAGAACAGAGAGACAGGUCAGUGGGGUGGCGUAAAAGAGGGCCAAAACCAAAAAGACUCAUCGUGCAGAGGAACAUUUACGCAAUGGAUCUACGCAGCACACACAAAGAUACAGAGAAGUCUUCAGCGCAUCUGCCACUCUCUUUGACCCAGUCGCUUGACCCAAGGUUCCAGUCCUCAGGGACUUGUAUAUAUCGACGAUUAACCCACCAUAAGAAAAAGAAGAAAACAUCCAGAGAGACUUCUGAGGAAGAAUGGGAUAGAAGGGAAGAAGAAGAAGAUGAUCACGUUGAUGAUGAUGACGAUGAUGAUGAUGAGGGGGUUAUGGAGGAGGAGGAAGAGGAGGACACAAGACCAGGGGGAACUAAAACUGGCAGCAGUACUUUAAACAAGCUUGUCAGGAGGGGAGCCUGGAGUCCAACCACUGAAUCAGAGGCAAUGACAAUAUCUCCUAUAUCUGAGGACUGGAGUCCAGUUAUGGGCCCAGAGGAGGUAACUGUGACAGAUAUCACCAUCAACUCACUGACUGUGACUUUUAGAGAGGCCUUCGUAGCAAGGGGGUUCUUCAGGAGCUGGGAGCUGGAGAUCUGACAUUACAGAGACUGAGUAUGUUGUGAGCGAGGGGGAAAGAGAAUCGGUACAUCCUCUUUUUUUUUUUCCUUUUUUGCUUUGAUUAUGCGCUUGCACAUCUUCCACCACUGUUUCAGACUACAUUUAUUUGCACUAUUAGUUCUAAUCAAGUUAAAACCUUUCAAAAUGUUUCAAGAUUGUGAUUGCAAUCAUUACAAUACUGAUAGUAUUAUGAAGUUUUGAAGUUGUAUUGGCCAUGAAACAAAUCACACAUCAAGCUAGUUUCUCUGAUACUGAUUUUGCCAUGUUUUGUAGUUUACAGAUUCAACUAGCCGAGAUAAGCUUGAUUUGGUCUGGUCAUGUACUUGCAUAAUGCUAGUACAGAGUAAUUAGCACAAUUAAAAAUUCUGAAAAGCCAAGCUGUAACAAAUAUGUCCAUACAUUUACACUUUAGAUAUAUGUAUACAUGAUAUGCUUGGUAAACACGUAUAUAUUGACUUCCAAUUUAAAUUGCACACCUCAUAUGCAGUAAAUUAGAAUUAGUGGCCUCCCUAUACUUAAAAUAUGUGAAAUACAACUAUGGAAAUGCAUUUCAACACUUUGUGUGCCAUCUUUGAGACUUAAACAAUAUUGUGGUGUUAAAAAGUUUUAUUUUUCAUUGCACAAUGUUCUACUUUUAAUGUAAUUGUGUGUAUGAAAUAAAGUUGCAUUUUGUUUUUUUCCCAACACUAUUGCUUGCUUAUAUCUCAUAUCUAUCGCAGUUUGUGUGCAAUUUUUUUUACAUGUUCCUUAGUCCUCUUGUGCAUAUUCUUGCCAAGUAUGACUCUGCACCAUCUUGCACAGUAGUCUACAAUGUUAGAUUUAACUUGACUGCUGUUAAUCUUUGGUGUUAUUUUAGUCUAAGAUGCUAACUGAGACCUGAAGACAAUUUUUCUAUAUUGAGGUGAAUGUAUAUUUAGCCUCUAGGAAUGUCCAUCUCUGGAAGCUCAACUGUUUAGUAUCUGACUUCACGUGUAUAUAUUUGAUAAACUGUCUGUGCCAAAUGUUCGUGGUUGCUUUUGCUAUUCAGAGUAUUUGCACUUUAAAAUGGAAAACCUGGUAUUAUGAUGUCAUAAAUAAAACUUUGGUGUAACUGUACCAUCAAUUACAAAUGCUUUUUUAUAUUUAAUCAGCAAUGCGUGGCACUGUGGAUUGAUUAACCAUCAUGGGUUGACAUUGUUUUAGCUCCACAUCUACAAUGUAAGAAUUACACCACACCAAAAGCCAAUUAUUUUUGAAUGGUGCAAACAUAUUUUAAUGUACAAUUAAAUAAUUGGCAAAACGUCUGACCACCAUAAUAACUUUAAAAAAGAACAGCCAACCAACCAACCAAACAAACAAACAGUAAAACUACUGGAAUCAGAGCAACAGUUUUUGCUCCUCUCAGCAAGCACCAAAGUGUUAGCAAGAGAAAAGUGGUCAAAACUAGGAACCAUAAAACUAU